CCCUUGAAAAUAAGUCUUCUUUCUGAGAGAUAGGAAACUCCAAGUGAAACAAAAUGGCGGAUUCAGUGCUUUCUUCCGAAAAUAUUCAAAAGUUGAAGGUUGCAGACCUGAAGAAAGAGCUGAAAGAGCGAGGUCUUGCAGUUUCAGGGACCAAGGCAGAACUUGUGGAGCGCCUUAUGAAGGGACUAGAAGCAGCAGCAGCAGGUUCUGGUGAGGCUGCAGACAUCAGUCUCGGAGAAACCCCAGAAAUCAGCCUUGGUGAAGAAAAUAUAAGCUUGGAGGAGCAUGACGACGACAUGGUGUUGAAGGAAAUCAAGAAGGACGAACCUGAUGAGCCACCAAAGAAGAAAAUAGCUCUCAUAGCCCCUGUCAAAGUAAAGCGAGCCUGUGUCAGCCACCUGUGUCAUCAAUCAAAUUCGCCAUUGUCGGGUGAUGCCGAGGUUGAGAGACUAAAAAAGAGAGCAGAACGGUUUGGUGCUCAGUCAGAAAAAACGAAACUACAGCUGCGAGCAGAAAGGUUUGGCAUCAACGCCAGCAACACUACAACUGCCAAAACAACCGCACCAACAGCUGUGGAAAAGCCGGGGAAACUGUCACAAACACCAGUCACAGCAGAAGACUUGGACAAACUCAAGAAGCGGGCAGAGAGAUUUGGAUCGACUGUUUCCACUGCUCUGUCUAAGCUGGAGGAGGAAGACCGCAUCCGGAGGCGGAAGGAGAGAUUUGGAGCCAUGGUGUCUUCGGACAGUUCUGCACGAGGAAAGACAGCGUCCCUCCCCGAGUUAGAUGAGAAGAAGCGGAAACGAGCUGAGCGGUUUGAUUUGUCAUGAUGGAGAGGAAGUUGUCACUGAUACAUCAUUCAUUCAUCGUCCAUCCUCACGUCAACCUAUUAGUUGCCAUGGUUACACAGUCAGCCUGUCACAUACAGAAGAUAUUCUCCUCACAUAGUGCCUCAUUUGUCAACUGACUGUUGUGUACCCAAGGCUGUACCGAUACAUGGUACACAUUGUCAUGGUACACAAAUAGUACCUCAAUCAUUAAACCCACCGACACAGACAUUUAUAGAUAACGUGUCACUUUACAUAAUACACAUCCUCAUCUAAGUCACAAUCUUAGAUUUUAUGGGUGGCCCAUUAUUUUGUUUAUCGAUACAUCCCUUAGGGUCCGAAUCCCAAAUACACACAGAUUAUGUUUGUGAGCACCAUACCCUAGUAUGGUAAAAAUCUGCAUCCCUUUUGGCACUAUAUUCCACACGAAGAUGAAAUGAUGUUGUUACCCCACCAGAUGUAAGGUCAGGUAGGCCCACGGACAGUAUGAGUUGUCUGCAUGGGUAGCUAUGUUGAACUGCUGCGGGGUAUCUCCUGGACAAGCACUAUGAGGCUGCCAUUAGUCCAGACCAGUAUUCACGCUCCUACACA